AUGGAGGAAAAUGUUUUCCGUUGUGAAAUCACUUUUUGGGUGAUUUUCGAGUGUUUGGUUGGGUAUGAAAACAGUUGGUGUCUGCUGAUAGAUUCUCCUGAUGAGAAAAAUAUUUCUGUGAUUCCUGUUGUUGGACUCGGAGGGCUUGGAAAUACCACACUUGUUAAGCUGGUUUAUAACAAUAAUAGGAUAGUUCAGAAUCUUGAUCGGAGAAGUUUUUUGGAAGAUUUUAGUCUGAGUAAGGUAAUUGAGAAAAUUCUGAGGUCUGCAAUAGGAGAAAGUUUUGGCCACCUAGAUAUGGACCAAUUACAAAGUCAUUUGAGUGAGGUUAUGCAGUUGAAAAGUAAGAUGGCUGCUUUGAUUACUGGAACAAUCCCACCUUACUAUUUGGGAGGUCUUGCUGAUGAUGCCUGCUUACCUUUAUUCUUGAAAUGUGCAUUUGGAGGGCAGGACAAUUUGUUUCCUUAUCUAGUAGAAAUAGGAGUGCCUUUGGCUGUGAAAACCUUGGGAAGUGCUUUGCCUAUUGCUCUAUGUUAUCCAAAGCUCAAGAAACUCCAAGGGAGGACUUCGUCAACCACUGGAUUGCUCAGGGAUUUAAACAGAAACAUGAAGUUGGAAGAUAUUGGUAAUCAGUACUCUGUUGAGUUGCUAUUAAGUGGUUCUGAAUACUUAAAUCUGAAAUGUAAUGCUUCUGUGGUUUCUGAAAGAGUUGCCAAGAGACUUUGGAAAGUUAAUCAGCUUGAAGACCUUGUAUUUGGAGUUAUAUCUUUUUAUAAAUUGGAGGCAGGCUUGAGAUUUUCCAAUUGUGUGUCUGCCGUAAUCCCAACCCUUGUCCAAUUGCUGGCCUCAUCUUCUGCCAGUAAUGUGGAGAGUACAAUUCUUCUAUUGAUGAGAUGCAGACAGUUCCAAAUAGAUGACUCAGAGGAUUGCCUCCGGAAAAUGUUUGCCACUGCACCACACCUACAGGUAUUUUCACAGGACAAAGCAAUUUACGAAGCUGUUGAGAAUGCUUUCGUUACAAUUUUUGUAAGGAAGAACCCAGUUGAAACUGAAGCCGUAGAUUCAAGUAUUGGAGAUCUUGCUGCUCUGGAGUUGAUAGUUGGAGCCUUGGUGUCAAAAGGCGAUAUAACUGUUAAGUUUGGCAGAAAUCUUUUGUCCCACAUCG